CGUAGAUUUCGUAGCAUAGGGUCAAAUCUUCCAAGUACUUUCCAAGCCGGAGACCUCARUGAAAAUGGCCUUUAUUCUGUUACUCGCUUUUGCUGGAACUUUGAAUUUGGCAACGUCGACAUUUACUGUCUCGACAAGCUAUUACUCUGGUCGCGAAGAUCCAGUUUGGAAUAUUACAGAUAAGGACGGCGACUUCGGCAAAAUCAGUGCUCUCUACAAAGAUGCUGUGGAUAAARAUGCUGUUUUUCCUAACAAUUCUAUGCCGUCUCGACUUGGCUAUAGAGGAAUCAUGAUCAGCCAGGAUUACUUGAAAACAUGGUUUGAUCUUGUUGGGAAUAAAUCCUUCGAUCUYCAAGUGGCGAUCGUAAAUAACGGCAUUGCAAGGAAGGAAAUUUCUGAAAUUGUUGGAUCAAUAAUGAUAAGAGCCAUAAUAAACGAAACUGCCAAGCCAGUCGACAGAUCUAAAUCAGCUCAGCUUCAUAAGCGUGCAACGAAUUACCCCGCGGCAAAUAACCAUCGAUGGAGACACUGGGCCGUUCAGUAUUGCAAUAACUGUUAUAACUAUGGAACGAACAUAGAGAAUCCAGUGAUGGAAAGGUUUGCACAACCUGGCUUGUAUGGUGGUAAUAUGUAUCCUAGACCGAUUACACGUGAUGGCGUUCGGGAUGCUGCUGUUCGUGACGGCUUGGUCCUACAGGCUCCUGGUGGUGGUGGAGCAAUCCCCGCACCUCCUCUAAACUCAAACCUUGUUGCACUUGUUGUUGCCCCAGAUACUACAGCUGCGGCGCGUGAUGGUGACUUUCACUGGUAUCGACUGGACUCUGACAAUACGUGGUCUCACAAACCUGGAUCAACACCUGUUACCAACGUUGACGGCUGGGAUGAUCCCAUCGCUGACCCAAGACGUGCGCUUAACAACCCUUUUGGUCCACAAUAUCAGUUUGUUACUUUCAUGAGUGUCAACCCAACGGCACCGACCGUACACAUUUUGGGAUCGGUUAACGUGAUUUGUUUGAUGGUGCCAUGAGGCUGAGUUAUAAUUAGUUAAAAGGAAAUAAAUAAAUAACGAGCAUGCGAAAAAAAA